AGAGACGCGCGGCCGAAGACCACAUUUUCAUAUUUUCAAACCGAAAUGAAAUGGGAAAAGGAUCGAUGAGUUCCUCUAAUUCACACAAGAUCAAGAUGUUGAUGUAGUUAAUCAAAGCGAAAGCGAUGUCAUUGCAGUUUUUCUUCCGGCGUUGUCGCCUGCGCCAGCAGGCCGCCGGCGGUCGAGCUCCUGCUGUCAGUCCAGGGACUUCUAAGUACGGCUCCGCGUUGCUGUCCACGGCGACGUUUGGCGCGGCAGGGAUGUUGUUUCAUCUCAGUCCUGGUAUAGUGGUUCUUUUGCUAGAAACAUAGAUGGGGAAGAAACAUAUUUUAUAUUUUCUUGUUAAUUUCAAAUCUUCUUCAUUGCUCAACAACGUCGAGGACGUGGAGUAUGGGCAAGAAUAUUGAUAAUUCUCCCAUCAUUUUUCAACAUCAACUGAAAACAAGGUAUCGCGAAUGGAUUAGUCCCUGCAGCUACAGAGGACGAUCCUUCGGCUUCGAAUGGCCCCACGAAGACUUCUAACAUGCAGGACAUCGUCUUGGACGACAAGGGUGGGCAAGAAUUCACGGAGGUGGAGAUCGAAGAAGAUACGGAAAUAAGCGAAGAUGCUGUCGCAAGCCAGGAGCAGGAGGGCCUGUUCUUCGAAAUGCGAGCCGGUGACGUCCCAGUGGUUGUCGUGGAGAUGCGGCGCCCUGAAUCUCUUUUCCUCACACCAGGAGAUGACACAGGUGCAGCGCGUGAGGCGGCCUUCGGCUUCGGGCUGGGAAAAACUAAAACAAUUUCUGAUAACAAGAAGAUCCCGGCUGAACCAGCCAGAGUUUUUUCCUAUUCGCAGUUGACAGCACAGAUUAAAGAUGAAGGUAAGAAAUAUCAGAAUGUGCCAGAGAGUGACCAGCGUGACAGUCGCACUUUCGGCGUGAAUGGGAGCAAUGUACUAGUUUAUCAGCAGAUUGGCAUGCCAGAGGAUGACUCUCAGAAGCCUAUUGUUGUUAUUGAGCACAAAGGCUUGCAGUAUAUGUUUCAGAAAGAUGAUCAAGGCACUUCUUUUCACAUUGUGCCACUUGAUAUUUUAGAAUCUUCACAAGGAGAAAAGGAUGAACAAAAAACGAGCAGCCGGAAAAGUAGCAGAAGAAGUAGCAGAAAAAGUAUGAGGAGCUUGAGGGGAGGACAGUAGGAGGUGCAACCCUGAAGCUACAGCGCCCUCCCUAGCUUCACUCCAGAACUAAAAAGAAUUCCACUUCUAUUUUCACCCUGUAUUGGCACCGGGUAGCAUCAUCAUCUCGUCCAUCGUCGGUACAGAGCAUCAUUUUUGUCAUUGUGAUAAUCACAAAUGCUGGAACAAACUCAGAGAGUACGACUUGAUAGAAGAAGAUUUCUCAAAGAACUCGACGAGAUACCCAAC